AUGGGCAGCGUCAGCAGCCUCAUCUCCGGCCACAGCUUCCACAGCAAGCACUGCCGCGCCUCCCAGUACAAGCUCCGCAAAUCCUCGCACCUGAAGAAGCUCAACCGCUACUCGGACGGGCUGCUCCGCUUCGGCUUCUCGCAGGACUCCGGCCACAAGUCCGGCUCCAAGAGCAGCAAGAAUGAGGAUUUCUUUUACAUCAAGGUCAGCCAGAAGGCGCACGGCUCGCAGCGGCCGGACUACACCGCGCUGGGCGGCGCGGAGCUGGCCGUGCCCGCCGGGAGCGGCGCGCUGGACUUCGGGACGCCCACGCCGCAGAAGCUGAUGCCCUUCCCCGGCCAGCUGGAAGUGGGCGGGGAGAAGCCGCUGCCUCGUCCCACAGCCUUCAAGCCGGUGCUGCCGCGCUCCGGGGCCAUCCUGCACUCGUCCCCCGAGAGCGGGGGGCCCCUGGCCCAGCAGCUGCACCCCCCAGAGAAGGCCAAGGAGCAGGAGCUGCGGCCGCUGCCCUGCUCGGGGGGCCUGUCCGACUCCGGCCGCAACUCCAUGUCCAGCCUGCCCACGCACAGCACCAGCAGCAGCUACCAGCUGGAGCCCCUGGUCACCCCCAUGGGCCCCAUCAGCCGCUUCGGGGGCUCUGCCCACAACAUCCUGCAGUGUGCCAUCAUCCAGGACAGCAACAUGAUGAGCCUCAAGGCCAUGUCCUUCUCUGAUGGCGGCAACAAGAUCCUGAACCCCGGCAAGGCGCCCCAGCACCGCGCCGCCGCCGAGAAGAGCGCCUGCGUGCGCUCGCCCAUCGCCACGGAUGAAUCCACCAUCCAGGAGCUGGAGCAGAAGCUGCUGGAGAGGGAGGGAGAGCUGCAGGAGCUGCAGUCGAGCUUCGAGGAGAAGGAAAUCAGCUCCUGCCAGGCCUACGAGGAGAAGCAGCGGCGCUGCAAGGAGGAGCUGGAGGGGCUGAAGCAGAAAUGCAACAGCAAACUCAAGCAAACCUCGCAGAAAACGCAGCGGACGCAGCAGGUGCUGCACCUGCAGGUGUUCCAGCUGCAGCAGGAGAAGCAGCAGCUGAGGGAGGAGCUGGAGAAACUCAUGAAGGAGCAGAACCUGCUGGAGACCAAGCUGAGGUCCUAUGAGAAGGAGAAGACCAGCUUUGCCCCGGCGCUGGAGGAGACGCAGUGGGAGGUGUGCCAGAAAUCCGGGGAGAUCUCGCUGCUGAAGCAGCAGCUGAAGGAGUCGCAGACCGAGCUCACCACCAAGACCACGGAGAUCCUGAGCCUGAAGGCGCAGCUGAAGGAGGUGAGGCUGAAGAUGGAGGGGCUGGAGAUGAAGAGCCAGGAGCUGGAGGUGUCGCUGCGCACCAAGGCCAUGGAGCUGGAGGUGUGCGAGAACGAGCUGCAGCGCAAGAAGAACGAGUCGGAGCUGCUGCGGGAGAAGGUGAACCUGCUGGAGCAGGAGAUCCUGGAGCUGCGCUCCGAGCUGGCCGCGCUGCGGGAGCAGCUCCAGGCGCCCCGGCCGGGCGGGGAGGACGCCCAGGCCCUGCAGGGGCAGCUGGAGAGGCUGCGGGCGGAGCUGAAGGCGGAACGCGACAACAACGAGCAGAUGAGCUGCAGCUUCCAGCACGAGCGGCAGACGUGGAAGGAGGAGAAGGAGAAGGUGAUCCACUACCAGAAGCAGCUGCAGCAGAGCUACCUGCACAUGUACAAGAGGAACCAGAGCUUGGAGAAGAUGCUGCAGCAGCUGGCGGCGGGAGAGGACGGCAAGGAGCCCAUCGAGCUGGAGAUCCCCGGCGGCACCGACGUCCCCUACGAGGACAUCAUCGCCACCGAGAUCUGAGCCACCGGGGGAGCUGUCCCCUCCCCGCCGUGCAGUGUCCCCCCGUCCUUCCGCCGCCCGUCGUGUUCCAGAGGUGAC